UUCGCAUCCAUCGAUCGAUCUUUACAUAAGAGGUCGGAGUCAACACAAGCCACAAGCGUGUCCGUCCACCCAUCUUGGUUUCACAAGCCACACACAUAUCCACCCACCCCACAACACUCGAUGUGACGUCGAUCAAAGGCCAAAGUCCUUCCACCGGAAGUGGCGCAGCUCGAGCUUCUCAAACUCGUCAGCCUGCACGCGCCGUAUGGCGGCCGCCAGGCACUCCCGCGGAGAAAACCCACACACCCUCAGCAGCUCGCCCACCACCUCCCACAACACACUCUCAUCCACUUGUGGGCCGGUUUCAUCAUCCCGGUGGUCGCCGCCCGCACCUUCUGUCGCAUCCGUCUGCACCAGAGGCAGCCUCGCGAGGAUCUUCCUUCUGGUGCAGCAGAUGACCUCGGCUUCGGCACUCCUGGUUGGGUGCAGCAGAGCAGCCACACAGACACCCAGAGAAGAUACUUACAAGUGUGUGGAUGAGUGUGUGGGUGGGUGGGUGGCUGACUUGAUGAGUGCGUUCUUUCGUUUGCCGUCUUCUGGUGCGAAGAGCUGCUCCUCUCUGUCAACGAGCCACUCGUCAGCCGACACGUACUUGGGGACGAGGGCGGCCGUGAUGUUGGGGUGCAGCAGCGUACGGCGACCCAACAGAUUCGUGUACACCUCCUGAACACACACACACACAGGGAGAGAGAGAGUGUGUGAUCAGUGUCUGCCUGUUGUCUGCUUGCCUGUCCACCGUACCUCCUUAAUUUUCGGUUGAAGCAGCCCACAUUCCCUCCGGAGCCACUCGAUGACUCUGUUGUAGACCAACCCAUGGUCGACCUGCCGCUUGGGCUGCUCCGACGGCAGUGGGAGGCCGGCCAGUCUUGCCUCCUCGUCCAUGGCGGCCUUCUUGGCCUCCUCCCACGCGUUGCGGAAACGACCCGCCCACCGGCCCCCACCCCGCCCCUUGAGCGUCCAGGAUGACGCCAACGCCAGCAGCAGGUCGGCUUCAGACUCGUACCCUAACACAGUCAUACACACAUAUACAAAAAAGGGUAUCGCAUCCAUCCAUCCAUCCCCAUCUGAUCUCUCUCGGGUGUGGUGUGUGCGUGUGUCGGGAGGGGGGAGGCACCUCACCUGCUUGUCUGAUAGCCGCUUUGAUGACGUCAUCUGCGAGUUGGGGGUUCAUGGCCACGGCGACCUCCACCAAGUUGGCCCGCUCCUUCAUGUCCAUCGCCUCCCACUCCUCGUCGCCCACCUCAUCUCCCCCUCCCGCUCCCCCUCCCCCUUGCCGCACGGCGAACUCCCUCAGCUCCCCAAGCACCGAGUUGCGCAGCAGGAGCACGCGGCACCGGUCAUGGACCUCUGGCGGCAAGCCCGUGUACAUGGCCUUCAUGUACCGGCUGAGCGCGAUGUCGAGCAGCCGGUCGCCCAGGAUGGCUCGGUUCUUGUCGUCGUCCUUGAGAGUGAGAGGGUAGAUACCGCGGACAUCGGCGAUUUCGCUGCGGAGGUUGUCCGGGUGGAUCUUCAGCGCGUGACCCACGAUCUCAAACACAUCCGCCUCCUGCACAGCAUAACACAACAUACCAUACGCACCAUGAGCAUAGCAACUCACCUGGUCUUUGCCCUCACCCACCGUUUUGGGCUCAUAGCUCUUCAGCCUGGCCAUCAGGAAGCGCCGCGGCCGCCUCGCUGCUCGAGUGAGCGGCCGCCUCAUGAUGAGUCCGUCGACUGACCCUGAUCUGCCGGUCCUCUGCAGCGGCAUGAAGGCUGACAGCCACUGGGCCGCCGGGUGCGACACGCUCCACGCCAGGCGGCAUAGAUGGAGGGCCAGCACCCACCGGAGAUGACAUAUGCGGUGGGUCACUGUCGGAAAUCGCGGGAAAACCGACAUCCCUCGGCAGGCGACGAUCAGAAGGCUUGUCCGGUGCCCCUUCUAUGCUUCUUCUGGAGG